GACGCCCCCCAGGGCCCCGGAGGGGGGCAGCCUUCGCCCAGAGGGAGGGUCUCGCCCGCGGGUCUGGAGGCUGAGCCCUCCGUCGAGGGGAGGACAGGGCUGGGGUGGCUUCGGGAAGGCUGGAAGGGAGCCGGGGGAAGGUCCCCGCUCCCUCCGCGGCUGCUCGCCUGGCUUUGCGCUCGCCGGGACGAGGCGGCUCGGACGACUCCCGGAGGCGGGGCGCGCGGGGCGGGGGCUGGGCUGUCCCGCGGCGGCUGGACCUGCCCUCGUCCCGGUCCGUCGCCAGCCAUGGAGGUGCCGGGCGCCGGGCAGCAGGAGCCGGGAGCCGCCGCCGCCCCCGGCCAGGAGAUCGACCUGUCCCUGGAUGACAUCAUCCAGCGUAACCAGCAGGCCCAGCCGAUCCGGAAGCCCUGGCAGCAGCGGCAGCAGCUGAAGACUCGGAAUGGGGCCUCUGGCAACAGGAGGCCUCAAUUCCAGAGCUGGGGCCCACCAACCAUGCCAGGAGGGAAUUCUACCCAGGAAUCCAAAUCAAAGGCUGGCGUUUCCUUAGGAUUUCCCAAAGGAUUUAGGAAGCCCUUCUGGAGCAGGAUGAACACCCCAGGCCCAAGAGCAGCGGGGCAGAUGCAGGGCAGGAGCCCCCUCAAUCGGCCACCCUUUGCCCAGCAGGACAAGUCAGGGAAAGCCCCCCCAGGCAGGAGCAGUGAUGGACCCCCCCUGGACUCUCAGCCAGCAGCACCUGCAAGAGUCGAAGCCUUCAAAGCAGCAGGGAUGUCUCUGCCAUUUUGGAGACCCUUCCGAUUAAACCAAGGACGAGCCUUCCUCCAGAGCCAAAUCAAAUUUAACUUCAACAAACGGCAAAUCAAGUCCAAAAUGGAGCAGAAGCUUUCAAGGAUGAGAAGGUGGAGAACGCAGCCCACUUCUGGAGCGGUCCUGACUGUCUCGGUGUCCAACCCCCAGGCAGGCCACCUCCAGGGGCCGGGAGCAAAGCGACCCUUCCUGAGAAGGUGGAACAGGCAGACCCCGCAGCUCCGCCGGCAGCCGAGAGGAGUGACGCUCAGAUUCAACUUCCGGGCUAUGGCUAACCAGACCAGCGUGACCCUGAAUGAGCGAUUCUCUGGGCUGAGGCACAAACACCAUUUUGUGGCAGAACGCACUGCAAGCCGGAUGGUCACUCUGCCAUAGCCCCCUUCUUUGAUGGAGUCAGGCCAAAGCUGGAAAGAGGUCAGCCCUCCAGGGCCACCAGUUAUCUGGGACUUACUUGGGGAUGACCCUCAUCAACCACAGCUGGGGAGGAGCCUUCUCAAUGGAGAUGGUACCUUCCAGAGAUCCUACUUUCACCUGAGCAGUGGCCAAGACUGAAGGUACUUGCUGAGGAAGCUCUCCAGCUCUUGGUCCUCCCCAGGAGAAGGCUUCAUCCUCAGCAUCUGGUAUCUCCAUCUCUGCCUCUUCACAGCCUCACGUGGAUGGGAAGGGUCACCCGUGUGACUCAGCUGAACCCAAAAUUCCAACGGUUGCUUGUUUAUUUCUUUGUUUGGCCCAGAAAGCCCCUUUUCAACCUUGUUUUGAGGCACCCACAUCCACCGGAUUGGGGUGAUGACAUCACCCCUGUAAUGCAGUCCUUGUGCAAAUGACGUAAAUUGUGCCAUUUAUAUAAAUCACAUCAAGGGAUGAGGAAGUCGGGAUGUCUGAUUUCAUCACUGUGUCUACCAGAUGCAUCUAUUGGGAGAAUUGUGUCAAAUUUUAGUAAACUUUAUUCUUAGAAGGAAUAAAGCUACUUUAGAAUCUGAAAGA